AUGUGCAAGGAGGGGGAGAACUGUCGCUAUUCCCACGACCUCCCGGACCCGGAGGAGGCCGGGGAGGACCGCGGGUCGCCGGAGCCCCAGGCCCCGGAGGAGGAGCUAGGCCCCGGGUCUCCUUGGAAGCCGAGACUGACGAUUCAGCGCUUGGAGCUGUGGGGGGAGCAGAUGCUGAAGGCUGGGCAGGAGGUGCGCACGGCUGGGCAGCAGAUGCGCAACGCUGGGCAGGAGGUUCGCACGGCUGGGCAGCAGAUGCUGAAGGCUGGGCAGGAGGUGCGCACGGCUGGGCCGGAGGUGCGCAAGGCUGGGAAACUGGCGCGCAAGGCCGUGAAGCAGGCGCUCAAGGCCGGGCAGCAGGCGCGCAAGGCCGGGCAGCAGAUGCCCGGUGCAGAAGGCUGGGCAGCCGGUGCAGAAGGCUGGGAAGCCGGUGCGCAAGGCUGGGCAGCCGGUGCAGAAGGCUGGGCAGCCGGUGCAGAAGGCUGGGAAGCCGGUGCGCAAGGCUGGGCAGCCGGUGCAGAAGGCCGGGCAGCCGGUGCGCAAGGUUGGGCGAAUGCCACUGAAUUUGUUCCGGGGCAACCGUACUGGGGCCGUGAGGCGUUCCCCGCCCCCGACCUUCCCCAGCAGAACUUGGAGAUGGAAAGGGAGCGGCGGCUCUGCCGUGACGCCGCCAUGGGGCAGUGCUUCCGCGGGGAGAGCUGCGCGUAUCUCCACGGCGAGCUAUGCGAGCUGUGUGGGCGGCAGGCGCUGCACCCGGCGGACGCCGCCCAGAGGGCAGACCACAUCCAGGCCUGCAUGAACCGCCACCAGCAGGAUAUGGAGCUGUCCUUCGCUGUGCAGCGCAGCGCCGACAAAGUGUGCGGCAUCUGCAUGGAGGUGGUCUACGAGAAGGCCAACGAGGGCGACCGCCGCUUCGGCAUCCUCUCCAACUGCAACCACACCUACUGCCUCCGGUGCAUCCGCACGUGGAGGACGGCCCGGGAGUUUAGGAGCAGGGUGAUCAAAUCCUGCCCGCAGUGCAGGGUCUCCUCGCGCCUGGUCAUCCCCAGCGAGUUCUGGGUGGAGGAUCCGGCGGCGAAGCAGGAACUGACCCGGCAGUACAAGGAGGCCAUGCGCGCCAAGACCUGCAGGUAUUUCGCUGUAGUCAGGGAUUGCUGCCCGUUCGGUGAGAACUGUUUUUACAGGCAUGCGGAGCCGGAGGGCCAGGGAGAGCAGGUGGUGGUGGAGGAGGAGCAGGCGCAGGAGCAGGCGCAGGCG